GAUGUAAGAAAUGGUAAAUUAAAUAAUUAAUAAAUCGGUGACAAAAGGAAAGUUCCCGUUUUAAUUUCAAUAUUCCCUAAUUCUAAGAUAAAUAUGAAACCGAAUAGAAAUCAAACAGAAGAAACCUAUAUAUACACCCCGACACCCUUCCUUCGAUUCAAACAAUUCACAAUAACAAGACAUCUAUAUUACCACAGAGAAUCAUGGACUCGACGCCUGUUUUCUUGCUUCAUGAACACAAACUCGAACAAUCGGAUGAGGUCACGGACUUCACGAUCAGAUUCGACUUAAAAACGUCGGAUCGAGAAUCCGAUUCCGACAAAAGGUCGUUCUCGUUUCCACUCGGAGAGUUCAUCGAUGAAAGCUUUCACAGCCAGGAGAAACUAGAGUUCUGCUUCUACUUCAUCGAAUCUUUGGGAGAAGACCGUGCUGUGUUUCUGUUGGAAGAACUGUCUUUGCUCGCUCGCAACGUGAGAGCCAUAGUUGGUCGAGAGCUUCGAGCAGUUUUGACGUUGUCCGCAACCGUUCUUGUCUGUUCGGACGAGCUCAGUGAGGCGAUUCGCGAGUCGUUUGAUGAGAGUAAGGCUUGGUUCAAACCCGCGACUGAAUCCGCGAUCGGGUCGUUGGGCAGAAGAAGAAUCGAGGAAAAGGGUUUGGUGGACGAGACCUGCAUGAUUUGUCUGGAUGAUUUCGUGUUCGGACAGGAAGUUACGAGCCUGCCUUGCUUCCACGAGUUUCACGACGGAUGUGUUGUCAAGUGGCUCGAGAGGAGUCAUGUUUGCCCGCUGUGUCGGUUCCAACUGCAUUGCGAACCGGGACCAGAACCAGAAGGACAACGUUUAGAGUGCUGACUCGAACAGUAUUAGAGUUAAUUCAACAGAAAUAACGAACUUUAUACGGCAUACCAACCUUGUGUAUGUAUAGCUCAAGGGAGAUUUAACUUUGAUCAUUGUUGAGAAUAUACAGAAAAUUUUAACCUUCCUCUCUCUGUUUUCCUCUCCUCUGUUCAGACACUAUUUUACAUUCUGUCUCUUUAUAAACAAGAUUUGUUGUUGAAUUUUUUUUUUUGUCAAUGAAGAUUACCCUUUUCUAGAAAGCUUAAACCCUGGUUUUGAUUUUCUUAUGAUAUCUUAUAACAUAUCAAAGAGGAGGAUUUUUGUGAUAGGUUAACAUCCGGCAAAAGAAAACAAAUGUCAAAUCUCACAUACAAUGAAUUCACAAGUUUCAAAGCACAACGAGUAGAAUGAAUGAAAAAUUCAUGCGGCCGACCCCGAAGAAAUUUGGGACUAAGGCGAAGUUCAAGUUUAAGAUCUUAUAACGUAUCAGAACCGUGAAAGCAAGCAAAAACCAUGAGAGAUUCUCUUGAGUUGUUUUCUUGUUUCAUGACUGUUUUUGAUGCCAAAAAGAGUACAGGGAUCGUAACCUGACCCACGAAAGGCUUACAGUAAAGAAAAGAAAAGAUGCACCCGUAGGCGGGUGUUUGGGGGGCGAGAAAAUGCAAGAAAAUAAUAAGGGAUAGACGAGAAAAUUUACACUGUACACAGGAGGAUAAUGAAAAA